ACCUUUUUUAUUUUCAGUAUCUAGAAAAUUUCCUGUUCUGAAGAUGACACUUCAUUGAAUAACUACGGAAGACUACAAGAAUGGAUAAACAACAUGAGAGCAGUUCAAUGGCCAUGCGGUUGUAUGCCACAUGGGAUGUCGAUAGAGCUACACCGUCUACUGUUCCGAGGAUCUUCAACGUUUCAAUUAAUCGAAUUCUCUUGGAUUGUGUAUUUCCUGAAGUAAAUUCCAUCAUUGUAACGGCAAAACUUCCGCUCUCCAAACGAAAUAGAUAUUUGCGGAGCAACGAGAUAAAGGUGACGCCGAAUCACGGUCGAAUCGAUUUGGAUUGUGAUAUCUCAUUCUGCAUCCAAUAUCCACAUUUUUUGAAAAGAAAAUCAAAUGUGCUUCAAAUAUUGAUUCAACGAAGGAAAAAGUUUAAAAAUCGUCUUCCUGGAGGUCUUCGUGAUCUCGCUGUCGGGAAUAUUAAUCUCACUUACAUAAUGCAACAAGGUGGUUUACGGGAAAUUCAGUUGAACCCAACUUCUGAAAAUGAGGUUGAAUUGAAAGGAGUUGGCGCGUGUGCUGGAAAAAUUUUCCUUUCCUCCUGUUAUUCACAAGCACCUGAAAUUGUUGAUGAUCGUGACAAACAGAAAAAGAAUGUCGAAGAUUCUGAAGAUGAAACAGAAACAGACUAUGAUGAUGUUGGUGAUGAGCUGAAUGAAAUGCCAAGUGCACGAAGCGGUCGGCAUAAAACAUCCACAGAUAUUGAAACAAGGACGGGACGAACAAAAGGAAAAAAUUUGAAAUAUCAGAUGAAUAAAUUGUUCAAUAUGUUCCGACCAGAAGAUGGGCGACGUCCGGUGGUCAAAGAAAUGCCGUGGGAAGAUGACGACAUCGAUUCACCAUACGAUUCUGGACCGGAGAUGUUUAAUGAUGACGCAUCGAUCAGAAGCAACCGUCGGCCUCAGCUUGCACCAUUUUUUGAUUCUAAAGAGAAGAACGAUCAUCUUGCUGCAAUGUAUGAAGUUUCUGACGGAGAAGGGGAUCAUGGUGAAGGAGGAUGGAAUUCUGAUGGAGAUAAUACUAAAGAAAACGUCGCGCGACACCGAUUAAUUCAGAAGGAUUCGAUUGGUUCCGGUCAUCCAGACUAUUCAGUUCAGACACCUGUGCGUUCUGCCGGAAUACGCGUUGUAUCAUCAUCAUUUGAUUCACAUUCGAUGCCACAUUCCUCGACUCUCAAUUCAAUAAAAAAUGAUCACGGAGUUCAUCGAGGAGUGAGCUUGUCAGAACAAUUAUGCUCCAUUCUUGGAUCGAGCAUGUCUCCUGAAGGAAGUGAUGCUGUUUGGUUGUGUAAUUUAUCAGAAUGGCCUGCAUAUUCGAUACUGGGUGGUCCAGUACCUAUUGUAAACUGCCCUUCAUUUUCGCAAGUUAGACAGACGCUGAGCCAUGUUAUAAAUCGUAUUCAAAAUUUCUGCCACUCCAACUCAUCAAAUCCUCCGUUGACAAUCGUUGGAAUCAUCGGAACUGACAAACUCUUCUCACAAGUCGUUAAAGCUUAUGUGGAGUGUCUGGCCCAUAAAUCGCUCGCCAAUCUCGUCAAUCAUCUCCGAUUCGUGGCCAUCCCGUCGACGAGCUCUCUAUUUUAUAAGAUGAUCGAAGGGAUCGAUCCACAACUCGACAAUUUAUGCAGAGAUCUCUGGGAUCGUUUUGGAGACAUGACAUUGCCAGAAAAAACUUCAUUGGCUAAUAAAAUUGCUGCUUGGCCAAAUAGUGUCAGCUCGUCAAAGAUGAAUAUGCCAAUAGGCGAAGCUAUGCUUCAAUUGACUGCUGAUCGCGAUCCUGAAGGUGGACGUGUGUUUUUACCUUUCCUCAGUGAAGUUCGUGUCGGAAGUCAACAGUGUGAAAUUGAAAAUGAUGAUGACUCAAAUGGACUCAAUGGAUUCGCACAAACUGUAAUUUCUCCACGAGAAGAGUCGGUUAUAUCGAAAACUGAUGGAUCGUCUCCACCUCAUUCUCCACAACUUCGAAACGUCGAUGGCCAAGAACUUAAUAUGGAUUUCUGGCCGAAUAAUCCCGUUCCGCAAUCAUCACAAUACUCGUACGGCUCUGAUUUCCCUCCAUCAUCUUCGAAUACAACUCCGAAUUCUAAAAAAGAUACAGCCAAGGUCACAAUUAAAGCUCAUUUCAAAACACUGCUUGUGUCGAGAUCUCCAAGUUCUGGUUCAUUGAGUCUUACCUAUUUAAAAGAAAAAAGGAAAGACAAAAUGCUACAAAAACUGGGAAUGAAGAAAGGACAAAAGCAGAAACCAGAGGAAGGAGCUGCUCCAUCUCAAGUAUCUUCUAUUGGAAGAAUGCUUUGCAGUGCUACCGGAAAGCACAAUGAAUUGACUGUUAUCAUCGAUGGAAAUGCUUACAAUGGCAUCAGAUACUUUCAAACAUCUCCACAAUGGCAGACGCAUAUCAAAUCCUUCCCAAUUGCUUUCUUCACUCCGAAUGUCUGCACAGCUUGAUCGUUUACAUUUUGAGUGUAUCUACUCAUGUCUUCCAAUUUCUUUUUAUCAUCUCUGUUUCAUAAUUUACACCUCAAUCUCGCUUCUAUUGAUUUGCCUGUAUAAUAUGUAAGUGUUCCCAAAGUGUCGAAUAUUAAUCUAUUUCUUUUUUGUUGCUAUUCUCUAUGUUAAAAUAUUUGUACACCUUCCCCCACACGGUUCCGUUUUCUCUCGUUUUCUUGUCCGAUGAUGCCCUUGAAAUAUGCUUUUCCGCCAAUUUUUCACCUUGAAACAUGUGCAUCGCACCAACAAACGCUUUAUUUUUUAUGUUUUUACAUUCCGAAUUUCAACUCAUCGUUCAUUCGAUUUUUAAAUAAAAGCUUUUGAUUAAUUUUAUAUAA